GCUGCAACUGCGGCGCGCGCCGGCCGCAUCCAAACGAUCACCUUUUAUUUUUACAUUACGUAUUUCGUUUCGCGUAGACUUUUGGACCGCGGUAGUAUAGCGGCGCGAUUUGUGCAACAAAAUUGUGUUUUGGACCCUAAAAUGGAACAAAAUGAACAUUCGGUUAGAAAAACAAUAAACAAUUUCCCGGCAAAAUUAUUAACCGCAACUAAACGCAGUUCAAACUAGAUUAUUAUUAUUAUUUUUUUGUUUCUUUUAUUGAUUGUUACACUCAGUUCUUACGGCAACAGUUUAAGUUCGAUUACCGUUUAGUUAUCUUUAGUUUCCAAUGAAACUGUAACUUGAAGAAACUGUAACCGACAGAAGGAUAGAGAAAGAAGGGAAAUAGAAGAAAAAAAGAAAAUGGCGCUUGCUUCUUCUGUGAGCUUAUACUACUCUAUAGUACAACGUGCGGCGAGGCAUUAUUUAGAAGAUUACUGUCAUACAGAUACGACAGCACCUUAUGUCCUCUACAAGGAUGGAGUCGAGCGAGCACCCCCCGGUACGCAAUGGGGCGGUGCCGUGCUCGAUGGCGGCUACCAAACCAUGCAGCAUCAGAGCCCGGGCGGCCCCUCGCCCCAACCAGAACCGCAACUGGCCUCUCCAGCGCCAUCACCGUACCCGCCAGCACCACCGCCUCCAGACCAGUCAGCGGAUGAAGCCGCACAACAGCUCGCUCAGCAGCAAGCGCAACAACAGGCUCAACAACAAGCCCAACAACAAACUUCGCCAGAACACAUGCAAGUCGAACAGCAACUACAGAGUCAGACGCAACAGCCGUCUCAAGACCAUCUAGAUCGCACGCCUUGCUUUGUCCCACAGCCAGAUUUACAACAGCAGUACGCGACGCCGUAUUUCAAAGAAGCCAGACCCACUAGCCACAUGCUCGGAACUGGUGGAUUUCCAUUACAUUAUCUGAAACAGAACGGAGGCGUCCUAUCAUUAGAGGGACCGUUAGACCAAUAUGCAACGCCAGACUUGCGCCAUUUACCAGAUAUCGUGCAGCCCGAACCACCUAAGCCUCGGAAACAUAAUCCAAACUCUGAGUUGCGCUUGUUUAAAUGCCUCACAUGCGGCAAAGACUUCAAGCAGAAGUCGACGCUGUUGCAGCACGAGAGAAUCCACACAGACUCGCGGCCGUACGGGUGCCCGGAGUGCGGCAAGCGGUUCCGCCAGCAGUCUCACCUCACGCAGCAUCUACGCAUCCACGCGAACGAGAAACCAUACGCUUGCGUGUAUUGCCCGCGAUCGUUCCGGCAGCGCGCCAUCCUGAACCAACACCUGCGCAUCCAUUCCGGUGAGAAGCCCUAUACGUGCGGCGAAUGCGGCAAACAUUUCCGCCAGAAGGCCAUCCUCAACCAGCACGUCCGAACACACCAAGACGUUUCGCCGCACCUGAUCUUCAAGAAUGGCACCACGCCAACGCUGUGGCCUCAAGAUGUGCCCUUCCCACCCGAUGAGAACAAAGAAGAAAUACAAUCCACCUUUGGAGACGCAGAUGGACAAAAUGGCGAGCAGCGUGGGUCCUGUUUCUCUCCUGGAGACACGGCGCAGUAUCCCGCUUACUUUAAAGAUACAAAAGGCCUCAAUCACACGGUAUUCGGGUCAGGACUAUCUCUUCAAUAUCUAAAGGGCGGUAAGCUCCCAGACGUACUUGGCGGACGCGCAAUGCCACUUUAUGUCCGCUGUCCCAUUUGCCAAAAAGAGUUCAAGCAGAAGUCAACUUUGCUCCAACAUGGCUGCAUUCAUAUAGAAUCUCGACCAUAUCCAUGCCCAGAAUGCGGUAAGCGUUUCCGUCAACAAUCUCACUUAACUCAGCAUUUGCGCAUCCACACCAACGAGAAGCCGUACGGCUGCGUGUACUGUCCCCGCUUUUUCCGGCAGCGGACUAUUCUGAACCAGCAUCUCCGCAUUCACACCGGGGAAAAACCCUACAAGUGCACACAAUGCGGCAAAGACUUCAGGCAAAAAGCUAUUCUUGACCAACACACGAGGACCCAUCAAGGAGACAGGCCAUUCUGCUGCCCCAUGCCAAACUGCCGUCGGCGCUUCGCCACCGAGCCCGAAGUAAAGAAGCAUAUAGACAACCACAUGAACCCGCACGCGGCUAAAGCGCGGCGGGCGGACGCUAAGACGCCGCGCCCGCUGCCGCCAGCGUCGGCGGUCGUGAAGCCGGAGCUGUACUUCCCGCAGUGCUACGCGCCACCAUUCCAGCAGUUCUCCUCCGGGGCGGAGUUCAAACCGGCAGUGGGGCCGGGCGCGGCCGUGGCGUGCCUGCCAGCGCAGUGACCCACGCCCCCGCGGUGGCCGCCCGGGCCUCCCGCGCCGCACCACGCGCCCCCGCACGCGCCCUCUCACCACGACCUCUACGUCGACCGCCUCUACUGAGCCCUCCGCUACCGGCCUGCGACGACGACACGUGGAGCGUCGCGUUACACAGUAUACGACUCGCUUUUGCGAGCUUUUAUCGAGAUAUCGGAUCGCUGUAAACAUGCUUCGAUCUGUAAAUAACAGUUCUAUCCGGCGCCUGUCGCGAAUGUACAGUUUUCGAGAGUUCACAUGAAUAGUGUUACCGUCAAAAUGCGAGUAUAGAUAGCGUUUUUUGCCCCGUAAUAUUAAGUUACCACGUAAGAGUUAGGUUUCUCUGUGAUUCUUCAGUCGAAACUUGCUUCAGAAUCCGUGCGGAUCGAACCAGAGAUUAGAAUUUAAAACUCUUCGUUGAAAUCUAAAAAGUAAGAAAUUCUCUUUUACCACGUAACGGUAUUUCGCGAUGAAUGCUUCCGGCAUGAAAAUGUGCCCAAUAAAUAAAUAUUUUUUAGAUAUAUUAUGUUAAAUUUAUUUACGAGUGUUAAGAUUAUAAUAUCUGGCAAACGCAGGGUAUGGCGAAAGAAAUAAUAUGCUCAACGUUUUAAAGAUACUUAAAAUUAUCUGCGUAUUACGCUAUAAACUUAUUGGUAUGGAAUUCUUAAGAACAGUAAUGCAAGUACGCAAACCAAAAACGUAGGUUACCUUUUGCCAUCAAAACAUUUAUUUGUUAGUACUUACGAACUUAAUAAAAUGCAUUUAAUCUAGACGAGAUUUUUCUCUUUAACUAUGUAGGUGCCAAAUAAUGUAGUAAUUUCAUGUCAAUGUCCAUUUUGUAAUGUCCAUAUAUAAUAACGUUAAAAAAACACAUCGGAA